AUGUCUUUUGCCAAAUUCGCCAAAUCGCUUCCUCCCUCUCUCAGCCUUGCAGGUCGCACCGCCCUCGUCACCGGCUCCUCCUCCGGCAUCGGUAGACAGGUGGCCCUCCAUCUUGCCCGCACGGGCGCCAAAGUCCUCUGCACCGACCUCCAACCUGAACCUCUUGGCGCUCAGAAAGUCCCCUCCGAAGGCUCCCGUCACAUCCCCACCCAUGAGCUCAUCAACAGACUUGGUGGCUCCGCCGACUUCCACCAUCUCAACGUCACUUCUCAAUCUGACUUUGAAUCAGCCAUCGACAAAGCGGUCUCCUUCUCGGACGAGUCACGUUUAGACUACCUAAUCAAUAACGCUGGUAUCACUCACUUCUCCGGUGGCAUCGCAAAUGAAGACCUCCAUCUACUCGAAAAGAUGAUGCAGAUCAAUAUCAAAGGUGUUUGGCUUGGCACCAAACUUGCUGUUCAACAGAUGCUUAAGCAGGACCCCAUUCCUUUCCCUGCAGACCUGGAAGAAGAUUUGGAUAGCUUCGACCCUACUAGCCCCUCCGUACCCCUACGCGCUCCCUAUUCCCAACAAGAAGGAUCACCCAUCCCCACCGUCGGCAGAAACAAGCAAGACAAAGGAGCCAGAGGUUCCAGAGGCUCGAUUAUCCAAAUCGCAUCAAUUCACGGCUUAAUCGGCGGUCCCUCAGAACCUGCAUACUGCGCAACUAAAGGUGCAGUCGUCAACCUAACAAGGCAAGUAGCAUGUGACUAUGCUCCACACAGGAUCAACGUCAAUGCUAUCUCACCUGGUUAUCUCACCGGAACAGCAAUGGUCGCUGAUAUCAACCCCGAGUUGGCUGAUCAGAGAAGAACCUACUGGCCACACCAGGGUUCAGCCAGAGAUGUGGCACAUGGUGUCCUCUUCUUUACUAGAGAUGCUCCUUGGUGUACUGGUAGCAUUUUACCUAUCGAUGGUGGUACCACUGCUCGCUAA